AUGAAGGACAUUGGGAUUGAAAGUAAACCACUAGGUGUUGGUUUAGAUUUGGGAUCUUCCGCUGUACGAAUUUCAUUAUUUGACUAUGAAAAUGAUAAUUUAUUAAGCACCACUUCACAAAAGGUUGCAUAUUACAUAAAUGACAAUGACCCAUGCAUUUUCAAAUACACUCAAUCGACUCCAGAGAUCCUUUGUGCUAUAGAUCAAUGUUUUAAAAAUUUAAAAAUUGACAAAUUUCAUCAGAAUAUUAAAAGUUUUGGUAUAGCUGCAACAUGCUCCAUGGUUGUUUUAAAUAAUAAUUCGGAACCAUAUAACUUAAUACCAAAUAAUCUUGGGAAAAUACAUGAUGUGAUAUUCUGGAUGGAUUCUAGCAGUGUCCAAGAAUGUAAGGAAGCGAAUAAAUUGAUAGAUUCUUCUGAAAAGGAUAAGUUGGGCGGGUCAGGUUUCAUAGCGGAAAUGGCAGUACCAAAACUUAUUCGUCUGUUUAAAUUUAAGAAAAAUGUUGUGGUCAUGGACUUACAUAAGUAUAUUGCCUAUAUAAUGUGCAAAAAAUUCAACUGGUCCUUCAAAUCAUUAGUUGACAUCCCCAACAAAAAUGGGGUAGCUCAUGAUGGUGAAUUGUCAGGUUGGUCAAAUCCAAAUAUUUUGAAAUUAGUUGACGAGGCGGCAAGCCGUAUUGGACCUGUCAUUGAUACCGAUACUAAGAAUGUAAUGAAUAUAACAUCGCACAUAGAUUGCUACACAAGUUGGUUUUCCACUUUCCCAAAACCUGACAAGUCAGUAUGUGUGGUUGCUGGGACUUCUACUUGUUUUUUAUUUGCCUCUAGCAGGGAUAAUCUAGUCAUUCCUGGAGUUUGGGGCCCUUUCACAAAUGUUUUCGAGAAAAAUAACUUUGAUAAGGAUAUCAAUGUAUAUGAAUCGGGACAACAAACAACUGCUUCACGUCAAGAUUAAUAACUAUUUGGAUUGCAACGAUGAUAAGGGAUCGGUUCAUUUAUUAAAUAAGUACAAAUUUUUGUACGGGGACUUCCUGGGCAAUAGGACCCCCUUUGCAGAUCCAGAUGUAAGAGGAAUGUAUAUUGGAGAAUCUUUGGAUUGUUCAUUCCAUGAUUUAUGCAUGAAAUACUUGUGUAUUUUAGAGUUUUUGGCCUUUCAAACCAAGUUUUUGAUAGAUAGGUUAUCUGAGAACAUUACCCAGGUAUAUAUAGUUGGAUCGCAAGCUAAAAAUAAACGUCUUUUACAACUUAUCAAGCAUAUUAAUAAGCAAAAAAAAAUCAAAAUACCGCACAACAAAAAGGCUUCGGAACUGAUGGGCGCAGAAGGUGCAUAUCUAAUUAGUAAAUAUCAAAGUGCUUUACUUGAGAUGAGCACGCAAAAAAGAUGUGAAUCGUUCCAAGAAAUUCAAGAUCCCCAAUAUACCAAAGACAUUUGUAAAUUAUUAGAUGCAAAAUACGAUAUACACAUCGACAUGAUUAAAGUACAACAAAGUUAUAUAGAGAGAAUUAAACAGUCUAUCCAGUAA